AUGGCACUGGGGGUGCUCGGCGGGACCGACAUGGAGCGGGAGAAGCUGCCGCGGAGGCCCGGGGAGGGCGAAGGGGAGGUGGCGGGGCCCUGGCCGGGCUGCGGGCGGCUGCGGCCCUCCGCGUACCGGGCGCUGCGCAGCGCGGUCUCCACCCUGGCUCGCAUCGAUGACUUCUACUGCGAGAAGAUCGGGACCGGCUUCUUCUCCGAGGUCUUUAAGGUGCGGCACCGCCAGUCAGGGCAGAUCAUGGUGCUGAAGAUGAAUAAGCUGGCCAGCAACCGGGGCAACAUGCUGCGGGAAGUGCAGCUGAUGAACCGCCUCUCACACCCCAACAUCCUCAGGUUCAUGGGUGUGUGUGUUCACCAGGGACAGUUGCACGCACUGACAGAGUACAUCAAUGGUGGCAACCUGGAGCAGCUGCUGGACAGCCCUGUUCCCCUCUCCUGGUCCAUCCGUGUCAAGUUGGCCCUCAACAUAGCCCAUGGCCUAUACUACCUGCACUCCAAGGGCAUCUUCCACCGUGACCUCACCUCCAAGAACUGCUUGGUGCGCCGUGAGACCAAUGGCUACACAGCUGUAGUGGGUGAUUUUGGCUUGGCAGAGAAGAUCCCUACUUACAGCAAGGACAGCAAGAAUGAGCCACUGGCUGUGGUGGGUUCCCCAUAUUGGAUGGCGCCUGAGGUGCUGCGAGGGGAGUUCUACAACGAGAAGGCUGAUGUGUUCGCAUAUGGCAUCAUCCUGUGUGAGACCAUUGCUCGCAUCCCUGCUGACCCUGACUACCUGCCCCGCACUGAGGAUUUUGGUCUGGAUGUCGCCACAUUCCGCACCAUGGUGGAAAUUGAUUGCCCAGUGACCUUCCUCCAGCUUGCUUUCCAUUGCUGCAGUAUGGAGCCCACCUCCCGCCCCUCAUUCCUAGAAAUCACAAAGUGCCUGGAGGACAUCCUGAAGCACCAGAUGGACACUGAAGGAUCCAGGAAUGGGAUGACAGCCACAUUCAGUGGGGUUUCCAGGAUGGCAGCUGGCCACAUCAAGCACUCACCUUUGCACGAGCUGGGGACACAGCACCUGCAGCUGGACCAGAGCAUCUCCUCCAACCACUCUGAUACAUCCCCCUUCAAACUGCCCACCCUGCUGCUGGAGCCUUACAGUGGGGCCAGGAUCAAGGAGGCAUCAACCCGUGUCAACCCCUUCUCCCAGCGUGAGGACCUGAAGGGGGGGAAAAUCAAGCUCUUCGACACGCCAAGCAAGUCAGUCAUCUCACUCACCCUCGACCUGCCACCCCCUGCCCCAUACCAGCUCAGCAGCCCCGUGACACCCGAGCCUGCCAUGGAGGUGCAAUGUGACUUCUCGGCCCCUGCUGCCACCCCCCACAAGUGCCGCUCACUGCCUGCCUCCCCAGAGGUGCCCCACCAGGAGAGCCUGGCACUGGUCCUGGAGUCCCCUCAUCUGACCAGUGACUCCCAGGCCCCCGGCCUCUUUCCUCCCCCAGCUUGGGGACAAGCCUCCACCUUGAGCCCCAUGGCAGAGGAGAGGGUAAACUGUGGCGCUGACAGUCCCGAGCUGCCACAGCCCCCCUCCCCGCACCCUAACAGCACCUUCAUCCGCACAGCAUCCUCGGGCACCCAGCGCUGGCAGCCAGAACCACAGUUCCCCAGUGGGCUUCUUUUCAACAACAGUGUGGUAGCCAGCACCCCCCUGUACUGGGGCAGCAGGCUGGAGCACAGCUUCUCUGAGCUCAGUGGUAUGUGCACAGCAACAGCGGAGCAGACAGAGUGUGCAGCCAUGCUGCCUGGGCACAGCUCCAGCAGUGCAUUGGAGCAGGACAAGGUCCUGCCCUGUCCUUCCUGCUGCCUAAGUCCCUUCAGUUUUGCUUCUGUCUGCCACCAGUCAACACCCAGCCCACCCCACUACCAGAACCUCAACUGUGAGGCCAAGAGCCUUCUUUGCCACGACCAGGGCCACCACGAGAAAGCCCCAGGGCUGGUCCUGGCAGAGCCUGGUCUGAAGCUACCAGAGCCACAAUCCUAG